AGACUGAACCACGGUUUGGUAAAAACAUGUUGGUAAAAACAAGUUUUUACUUUCAAAAUAGCCAACUAUUCACAUUCCAAUGUGGAUGUACUACAGGCACCAUGUUUUGACUGGCUGUUUUGAAGUGAUGUCCCUGAAGGAAACAGUGACCCGGACUUGAAUGAUGUAACGACACAGAUAUGCAGAUAGCUUUACUACUCCACUCUUAAAAUGGGCUUUUAGAAAGUCCUAAACAGAUUUCUUAAAUUCAAUCGCACCUUAUCCAAUAAUUUUUUUCUUACGCCAUAAGGUUGUCCUCUGCACAUGUUGAAAUACCACACCUUAUCACCUAGAUAUCAGAAUAGACACAGAUGUUCCAUUUGUGUGUGUCUGUGUCUGUCGGUCCUAUGCUUACCUCUAUUGUCAUGCAACGGUUCCCCAAUUCCACGGAAAGGGGGGUUGUAGGGGUGGUACUCCUUUCCUCAGGGUUGGGGGAGGAGGUAGCUUGGGGCCUGAUAAGAGGUCUGGGAAGGCCAGCAGUGGGCAGACAGGUUUGUGGAUCCCACCCAUAGCUGGUUCAUUCACUGUGGAGGAGGCUGCUGUUGUUUGACCAUGACUGGUGUGCAGACGGAGAUUGCCCUGUGCAGUCGGCCUUGGAGGGRACCCUUCCACAUCUAUGGUGGACUGGCAUGCAACUCGCUCAUGGCUGACUUGUGGUCAGACAGGACCCCUCUUCACGAUGCUGCCUACCAGGGUAGACUCCUGAUCCUGAGGACUCUGGUCUCACAGGGGUUUCCUGUGGACAUGCUGACAAUGGACAGGGUCUCUCCCCUCCACGAGGCCUGCCUCGGAGGACAUUACGCCUGUACCACGUUCCUACUGGAGAAUGGGGCCAAUGUGGAGAUGGUAUCGACUGAUGGAGCCACACCCCUCUUCAAUGCCUGCAGCAGUGGGAGUGUUGCCUGUGUCAGACUGAUUCUACAGCACAGCCCCAACACACAUGCUGUCCAUCACCUGGCAUCACCCAUCCACCAGGCUGCAAAGAGAGGUCACAGGGAGUGUCUAGAGGUGUUGCUGUCCCAUGGAUUCCACAUAGACCUGGAGCUGCCUGGUGUGGGAACCCCUUUGUACACAGCCUGUCUGGCCCAGGCCACCGACUGUGUGGAGAGACUGCUGCAAUCAGGUGUUGAUGUCCAGGGUGGGUGUGGUCAUGACACACCAUUACAUGCUGCAGUGCUAGGGGGAGAAGUCAGGAUGGUGGAGCUUCUGAUGGACUACGGGGCUGAUGGGAGUUGUAGGAAUUCAGACGGGAAGACUCCUCUGGAGCUGGCAGCUUGCGACAGUACAGUCAGAACUACAAUACAGAAAAGAGGUCCCUGCACUCUUUCUCAGCUGUGUCGGUUCUGCAUUCGGAGAAGUUUGGGACAUGCUCGUCUGGACAGAACAUCAGCCCUCUUCCUCCCUUACAGACUCCAGGCUUUCCUGCUUUACCAGUAACACUGAAACUGCAACUUUGUUACAAAUGUUUGGUAAUUUGUAUUUUUUUAUAUCUAUUUUAAUCAACUUGUUCAAUGUUUUUAGCAGUGAGUUGGUGACUGAACAAAUGAAUGGUUUUGUUUUUCUUGGUUUAAUAGAAAUUGGGUUGACUGACUUUUGUAGCUUUUCUCAGGAUGCUGUAUUUGUCUAAUAAAAUGAUCAUAUUCAACAUAUCCAAAA